GGUAACACAAGCUACUUUACUUCACUGUCUUCUCUCCCAAACCAAACCAUGGCUACACCCACAUUUCUCUCCCUUUCCUUUCCUUUUCUCUUUCUUUUCUUUUUCUGCAACUUCGUGACUGAAACGCUGUCGUUUUCAGGCGAACAGGCGGCGCUCAAGACGUUCAUUUUCCGAGUCGACAGCCACACCAAGCCCUCCAUCUUCCCGACCCACUACCACUGGUACACCACCGAGUUCGCCGACCCGCCCCAAAUCCUCCACGUGUACGACACCGUUUUCAACGGAUUCUCCGCCGUUCUCUCCAGCGACCAGGUAGCUUACGCCAGCCGCCACCCCUCCGUCCUCGCCGUCUUCGAGGACAAGCGCCGCCAGCUCCACACCACUCGCUCCCCGCAGUUUCUCGGGCUGAGAAACCAGCGCGGUCUCUGGUCGGAAUCUGAUUACGGCUCCGACGUCAUCAUCGGCGUUUUCGAUACUGGAAUAUGGCCGGAGAGGAGAAGCUUCUCGGAUUUGAAUCUCGGGCCGAUUCCCAGCCGUUGGAAAGGAGUAUGUGAAUCCGGAGCCAAAUUCUCCGUCAGGAACUGCAACAGGAAGCUGAUCGGAGCGAGAUUCUUCUCCAAAGGUCACGAGGCGGCUGGGAGUAUCGGCGGUCCGAUAAGCGGAGUGAACGACACCCUUGAGUUUCGCUCUCCGAGAGACGCCGACGGCCAUGGGACCCACACGGCGUCGACGGCCGCGGGAAGAUACGCUUUUGAGGCGAGCAUGGCCGGUUACGCAUCGGGAAUCGCGAAAGGCGUGGCUCCGAAGGCUCGAUUGGCGGUGUACAAGGUAUGCUGGAAGAAUUCCGGUUGCUUCGAUUCCGAUAUAUUGGCCGCAUUUGAUGCCGCCGUCAACGACGGCGUCGACGUUAUAUCGAUCUCGAUCGGAGGCGGCGACGGCAUUUCCUCUCCCUAUUACCUCGAUCCGAUCGCUAUCGGAGCAUACGGCGCCGUUUCCAAGGGAGUCUUCGUGUCGUCUUCUGCUGGAAACGACGGACCAAACGGAAUGUCAGUCACCAACCUCGCGCCGUGGAUGACCACCGUCGGAGCCGGCACGAUAGACAGGACUUUCCCGGCGGUGAUUGUUCUCGGCGAUGGGAGAAGACUCUCGGGAGUGUCUCUUUACGCUGGAGCUCCAUUGAAGGGGAAAAUGUACCCUCUGGUUUACCCAGGUAAAUCUGGAAUGCUUCCUGCUUCUCUGUGUAUGGAGAAUUCUCUGGAUCCGAAUCUGGUCAGGGGCAAAAUCGUCAUCUGCGACCGCGGAAGUAGCCCAAGAGUGGCGAAAGGCAUGGUGGUGAAGAAGGCCGGCGGCGUGGGUAUGAUCCUCUCCAAUGGAAUCUCCCAAGGCGGUGGCUUAGUGGGCGAUGCUCACAUCCUCCCCGCUUGCGCCGUCGGCUCCGACGAAGGCAAUGCCGUGAAGGCCUACGUGUCGUCAGCUUCUAAUCCCACUGCCACAAUCGAUUUCCAAGGAACCGUCAUCGGAAUCAAACCGGCUCCGAUCGUGGCUUCCUUCUCGGGAAGAGGACCGAACUCUGUCAACCCGGAGAUUCUCAAACCUGAUUUGAUUGCUCCGGGAGUCAACAUCCUCGCCGCCUGGACGGACGCCGUCGGACCUACCGGAUUGGAUUCCGACAAGAGGAAGACAGAGUUCAACAUUCUGUCGGGAACGUCAAUGGCGUGCCCUCAUGUCAGUGGAGCCGCGGCGCUCCUCAAGUCGGCGCAUCCGGAUUGGAGCCCUGCGGCCAUAAGAUCCGCCAUGAUGACCACCGCAAGCAUCGUCGAUAACCGGAACCAGCUCAUGACCGACGAAUCCACCGGAAAAUCCUCUACGCCCUACGAUCUCGGAGCCGGCCACCUCAAUCUCGACCGGGCUAUGGACCCAGGACUCGUCUACGACAUCACCAACGACGAUCACGUGAACUUUCUGUGCUCGAUAGGGUACGGCCCGAAGGUAAUCCAGGUGAUCACGAGAACGCCGGUGAAAUGUCCAGUGAAGAGGCCAUUGCCGGAGAAUCUCAAUUAUCCUUCAAUGGCGGCUCUGUUCCCGACCUCGUCGAGAGGGAGUACGAGCAAGAUGUUUAUCCGGACGGUGACGAAUGUGGGUGCGCCGAACUCGGUGUACCGGGCGAGGAUCGAGGCGCCGAAGGGGGUAACGGUGAGGGUGAAACCGGCGAAGCUGGUGUUCACGGAGGCCGUGAAGAAGCAGAGCUUCGUCGUGACGGUGACGGCGGAUGCCCGGAGCUUGGUACUGGGCGAGUCCGGGGCGAAUUUCGGGUCGCUUUCUUGGACGGAUGGAAAGCAUGUCGUUCGGAGCCCCAUAGUGGUUACCGAGAUACAGCCGUUGUAAAACGACAGAAGAUACGAAGGGACCCAUCAUGUCGUUUUGAUCGGUCAGGCUCAUGGGCUCUAGUUUUAGAAGUCGCUACGCAUAAUAGAGGGUUUUAACUUUUUAAGUUAAACUUCUUGCAGUGGUUUUUUUUUUUUAAAUUUGUUUUAAGUUUUAAGUUUUUGUUUUUGUUUACGUUCUUGGCAUUGUAGAUCUGAUGGACUAUAUUCUAUAUAGGGCCCGGGACAAAACGGAGGGCUGGUCUAGUGUGAACUUUCUCUUUCUUUCGAUUUUUAUUUAUUAUUUUUUUCCUUUAAUUUAUCUCUUGAAAUGCCUACAGAUGUAUCUAUAGACUUAUAGGCAUCUAAGAGUAUUAUGAACUUAUUAUUACUGUCCAAAUCUUAGUAUCCACUUUUUCACA